AUACGUAGCUAUGCAGCGUUCAAAUCCUCACGACCAUUUUUUUUUUUUUAGAGAAUUUCAUUAUGAAUCGACGCUUAUUGUGGACAUACUCGAAACGAAAAUUCGACUAUGUACGUGAGAAGUUUAGAUUGACAGAUAAAUCGUCGUUUAUGUGUUAAAAAGCAAGUAGAAAAAGCGAAGUGGAACGUACCCAUUUGUCAGUUUGACCCUGGCGGUAGAAAUGGAUGGAUGGACCUCAAAAUAAGUACUUCCGGAUUUUGUAACAGGCGAUCAUUAUUCUUUGCCUGACGGACAAGGGCCGGAGAAACAACGUGAAACUAAAACAUGCGUCGUUCUGCUUGGAACAAACUGUCUCCAUGGAUAGAGAGGAUGAUCCAGAACUAUAGCACUGAAGAGGAAAGCAGAGGCUGUGUGCGAUUAAAGGCUCAUAUCACCAAUGUGGGCCAGAUGUCUCAGUCCCAGGCCCAGAACUUGGAAGGCCCCACAGAACUGCUAUUCCUGUCCGAUGGAGUAGUGCAGAUCCCUGCCAUUCUCACAUCAGCCGCAUGGGAGGAACUUCAGGAAAAUUGUGAUAUGGAAUGUUUCACCAGUCUGCUUAACAGCACUGUUUGCAUUAGAGACUACCGGCUGCAGUUUCACAUGGCCAUGGAAAGCACCAGAUGUACAUUCUUCUUAUCAGUUGGAGAGCUGGUCACCAAAUCGGCCGGCACAGUUAAAGAGAGAAUGCCCUGCUGCAUCUCUCUGCCCUCUGUCCGGCAAAAGAUCUUUGACACAUGGAGGUCGCUCGUGGUCCAGGGUGGGCAGGAAUCUCAAAACAGCCAGACUGGGUUUGAGCUGACAGAGUUGCUGGGGCAGUGGCAGCAAGAUUGUUUCCAGACAGUGAUGGAGGACGUGCAGGAGAAACUGACUGGGCAACCUUCCACAUCGCUGACUCAACCGGGCUUGUUCAGUGCCACGAGUUGGGACGCUGAACGGGUUCAAGAUAAAGGCCUGGAACGUUUCAGCGUUCCAAUGAAGUGUCUGCUCGUCCCAGAAAGAGAUGAGCAAAGCACAAAUGUAGAUAUAUUGACACCCGAUGUGGAUGAGGAGUUGGAUUUACACAUUUGUGAUCGUACUCAAUCACUUGUUCAUGCUGCUGACGGGCAAACAGAAACUCACACAGGUAGAGAGGGAGAAAACAUCCGGGAUAAUGACAGCAUCAGUCUAGAUAUGAUUAAUAAGGACAUCAUACCUUUAGAAAACCCUUGGCACUUUUUCCCAGCACCAUUUAACUCGUCCGCUUCUUCCGAUGAGUCACGAGAAACAACCCAUAAACACUUUAUUCCUCCGCAGCAAGAAAAGGGUCCUGAGAACAGCACCAGCACCCAGCUGACUGCAAAUGCACAAUCUGAAGGCAGCACUUCCCAGCAUAGCAAAGAAGAUCACAGCGUUUUACCACCGUUCCAAAAAGAGCCGCCCUCAUCCGGCAACAUCAACGACACAGAAACACAACACGUUCACGCCGCUUCCCAGGAAAAAAAUACUUUUGUUGAGAAUGCGGACACACUCGAAGUGACGGUGGAGACACAACAUAGGAAGUCAAAGAGGAAAAGGGAACUGGAGUCGGUGCAAAAAGCACACAACACAGUUGUAGUGGAGGAAGAGGAAGACAUUUGUCAAAGUGUGAGCCCUCCAUCAUGGCUUUUUGACUCUGUGGUAGGUUCAGGAACUGACGAUGGCAGCGUUCAGGCUCAAAACGUGGGUGCAGAAAGAAGAAAAACCUCUACUGUUCACAAUGAUGGCUGCCUGUUCUCAUAUACGUACACAGUGUCUGGGCAGGACCUGCACGACUUUGCUCAGUUUAAAGUGGAAGAUGCUCUGCUGCAUUGGGCUGUCAAGUAUCUUGUUGCUCCAAAGCAAGCAACACAUCUUUAAACAACAUUACCUUUACUGGAACUCCACCUCUUUUCCAAUUUUAUUCCAUAAGAUAGUGACAUUUUUAACUCAAAGAUGUUUGUUUUGAAAUCCAAUGCAUUUAUCAUUAAUGGUUCUGAAUAAAACUAUGUUUUUUUGUAAAGGAGUGUGACACUUAUAACCAUUUUG